AUGGCAUUGGAUGCGCGCACAGUGACAGUGAAGCUCGCGGAGCUGACGGAGCACUUGGGCUGCGCGCUGUGCCACGGCAUUCUGCGAGACGCGCACACCAUCCCCGACUGCCUCCACUCCUUCUGCAAGAGCUGCAUCUAUCGGCAUUUCCUGGUGAAGGGCAGCUGCGUCUGUCCCAAAUGCAACAAGACGCUGAGUCCGCGACCAAUUACCACGCUAAUCACGGACCAAAAGCUGCAGGAAGUGGUGGACCGCAUUUUCCCAGAGUUUAAAGAGCAGGAGGUGAUACUGGAGAAGGAGUUUUACGCCAAGAACAACUUCAAGCUGAGGGAGGCCAAUUCUGCCGAGCCGAUGGAUGGAGCCAAUGGGUCCUCAUCUUCCCCGAUGGCUUCAUCACGUGGCCGCUCCAACGCGAAUACUCCCACGAAGAAGUCACACGGCGCCAAAGCUGUCAGCAACGGAGGGAUCCUAACAUGCAACAGGCAGUUCACGAUUGAAGUCUACCCGCAGGAAACCAAUGCACGAGCACUACCGGCGCUGAAAUUCCCCUUUAUGCAGGUCAACGGCAAUUUUAAGAUGUUUGAGCUGCGCAAGCUAAUUCGGAGGCGUUUGAAGCUACCAGACGAGGUACAACUGGAGAUGGCGUGCAUGGGUGCCACUGUGGGGCCUGAGCUCUCGGUACAUUUCAUUCAGCGAACAAUCUGGCAGCAUCAGAACCAGAAAGAACCGCUUGUGUUGCACUAUCGACGCAUGACGUCAUGA